AUGGAGAUGUUGUGGAAAAUUGAUACGGUGGAAAAUAAGCGUCAGAAAUUGUCUCUGGAGCAACAAAAUUGCGAGCAGCAUUUUCUGAAAAAUGUCUCAGUUCAAAAUGAUGGACGUAUUAUGGUGAAGUUGCCCCUAAAGGGAGAUCCAAAUGCUCUUGGUGAGUCUCGUGAUAUUGCACUACGACGUUUCUUUUCCAUGGAGCGAAAAUUAAACAAAAAUCCAGACUUGAAAACAGAAUACUCAAACUUUCUCAGGGAAUAUGAAGAAAUGGGUCACAUGUCACAGGUGAAUGAAGCUGAAGUUGGUUUCCCUAAUUACUACAUACCACAUCACUGUGUUCUUCGACCAAAUAGUGUCUCCACGAAAUUGCAUGUUGUUUUCGACGCAUCAUGUCGUACAUCCUCACAGUUGUCCCUAAACGAAAUCAUGAUGGUGGGUCCAACAAUCCAAAACAAUUUAUUAAUCACCCUGCUUCGUUACAGAUGUCAUCGCUAUGGAUUGACAGCUGAUAUUGUCAAAAUGUAUCGGCAGAUUUUGGUCCACCCUGAGGAUAGGAAACUCCAGUUGAUUCUUUGGAGACAUGACCCUACACAACCGGUAAAAACUUUUGCUCUUAAUACCGUUACAUACGGAACUGCCUCAGCACCAUAUUUGGCCAUCAGAGCAUUGAAUUAUGCUGCAGAACGUUUCCCCGAACCUUACGACGUUGGGAAGUCUGUGGUCACAAAUGAUUUUUAUGUCGAUGAUAUGGUGACUGGUGCUGACAAUCUUAUCUCCUUAAACCGCAUCAAGAAGGAG